AUGAGUAGUUCGGCACCAGAACGUGAAAUUUUACCUCAGAACGUCAGUCCGCUUCAUUACGAUGUGACGCUUGAACCUGAUUUCACCACUUUUAAGUUCCAGGGAAAUGUUAAGAUUGACUUGAAAGUCAAUGACGCGUCCACUUCUUUUGUAGAGCUCAACACACUUGAAAUCGAUAUUCAGUCAGCUUGCAUUGGCAGCACUCCUGCUUUGGACUGGAAGUUUGACGAUAGCAAGCAAAGAGUUAGGUUUAACUUUCCAGAAGGUACCAUGAAGGAUACUGUGACGCUGGAGCUGGCAUUUGUAGGUGUGUUGAACGACAACAUGGCGGGUUUCUACAGGGCGAAAUACACCGACAAGAAAACUGGAGAAACAAAGUACAUGGCCACGACGCAAAUGGAGGCAACCGAUGCUAGAAGAGCCUUCCCUUGUUUCGACGAGCCCAACUUGAAGGCUACGUUCGGUAUCACGUUGAUCUCGGAACCCAAGCUAACUCAUCUCUCAAACAUGGAUGUCAAAUCUGAGCAAAUCAAGGAUGACAAGAAGAUCACGGUCUUCAAUGUUAGUCCAAAAAUGUCCACUUAUUUGGUGGCCUUUAUCGUUGCGGAAUUGAACUAUGUCGAAAACAAGGACUUCCGUAUUCCAAUUAGGGUUUAUGCCACCCCCGGUGACGAACACCUAGGUGUUUUUGCCGCUAAUUUGACCGCUAAGACGCUCGAUUUUUUCGAACGUACGUUCGGCAUCAAGUAUCCAUUACCAAAAUUGGAUAAUGUCGCUGUGCAUGAGUUCAGUGCGGGAGCUAUGGAAAAUUGGGGCCUGGUCACUUACAGAGUUGUAGACUUGCUAUUAGACCGUGAAAACUCGACACUGGAUCGUGUUGAAAGAGUCGCAGAAGUUGUUCAGCACGAAUUGGCUCAUCAAUGGUUCGGAAAUUUGGUUACCAUGGAUUGGUGGGAAGGUCUAUGGCUAAAUGAAGGUUUCGCCACCUGGAUGUCAUGGUAUUCGUGCAACGAAUUCGAACCAGAAUGGAAAGUUUGGGAGCAAUACGUUGCUGAUAAUUUGCAAAGUGCUCUAACUCUUGACUCUCUAAGAUCAUCUCACCCUAUCGAGGUACCUGUCAAGCGCGCAGACGAAAUCAAUCAGAUUUUUGACGCCAUCUCAUACUCAAAGGGAUCGUCCCUCUUGAGAAUGAUUUCGAAGUGGCUAGGAGAAGAUGUUUUCAUCAAGGGUGUUUCACAGUAUCUUGCCAAAUUCAAGUAUGGGAAUGCCAAAACUGAAGAUCUGUGGGACGCCUUAUCUCAGGCAUCUGGUAAAGAUGUCCGCAAAGUGAUGGACAUUUGGACCAAAAAAGUCGGGUUUCCUGUGGUCACCGUCGAGGAAAAGGGCAAUGAAAUUACGUUCCAACAAAACCGUUAUUUGACUACAAACGACGUUACUGCUUCCGAAGAUGAGACCUUGUACCCCGUGUUCUUGUCUUUGAAGACUGACAGGGGAGUUGACAACUCGCUCGUUUUGGAUGGGAGAACCAGAUCCAUCAAAUUGGAAAACUCUGAGUUUUUCAAAGUUAAUGCUGAACAAGCCGGCAUCUACGUUACCUCUUAUUCUGAUGCCAGAUGGGAAAAACUCGGUAGCCAAGCUGGAAAAUUGUCAGUUGAGGAUCGUACCGGUUUGGUCGCCGAAGCGAGAUCUUUGUCUGCAUCUGGUUACACCUCUACUAAAAACUUUCUGAACCUGAUUUCUCAGUGGAAAGAUGAAGACUCGUUUGUUGUGUGGCAACAAAUCGUGAACAGCUUUUCUCAAUUAAAGCUGGCUUGGCUUUUCGAGCCCGAAAAUGUUAGAGAAGGUUUGAAUGAGUUCGCCAGACAGUUGUAUUCCGGUAAAAUCAAUGAAUUAGGCUGGGAUUUCACUGCUUCUGAACCAUUUGCCACUCAGCGUCUAAAAGUUGAACUUUUCUCCGCUGCUUGCGCAGCAGAGGAAUCCAAAGUGGUUGCAUCUGCUUUGAAAAUGUUUGCAACGUAUGCUUCAGGUGAUAAAGAUGCUAUUCCUGCCUUAAUCAAGCCAUCUGUUUUUAGCACAGUCGCUAAGAAGGGUGGGGUCGACAACUACGAUAAGCUCUUGGCCAUUUACAAGAACCCAGUUUCCACAGAUGAAAAACUUGCCGCUCUGAGAUCACUUGGAAGGUUUUCUGAACCCGAAUUGAUCCAAAGAACCCUUAAGUAUUUGUUUGAUGGAACGGUUCUAAACCAGGACAUUUACAUCCCCAUGCAAGGUUUGAGAUCGCAUGCUGCUGGUGUUAGAGCGCUGUGGACUUGGCUCCAAGACAAUUGGGAUGAGGUCACCAAGAGACUUCCACCCGGCCUAACAAUUUUGAGUGCCGUGGUUACAUUAAGUACUUCUGGUUUCACAUCUCAGGAGGCUAUCAACGAAAUCAAGCAUUUCUUCUCAUCCAAAUCCACCAAGGGUUUCGAUCAAGGGUUGGCUCAAUCUUUAGACACCAUUACUUCCAAGUCUAAGUGGCUCGCCCGCGACCGCAAGGUGGUUAUUGAUUUUUUGAAAGACCAUGGGUUCUUCAAAGAGUAA